CAUUAGCAAGAAGCUGGAUCAGAAGUACAGUUUGCCAGGGCUAGAACAAGCUCCAAUAUGUGAUGUGGACAUGCCAAGUUGCAGCUUAACUCACUGUGCCAAAAAAACCACACCUGUUUUUAUAUUAAAGAAUGGAGAGCAGCAGUUAGGAAGGUUAUGUUCAAUCUGAAGACACGGGUCCUGAUCCUCAGACGCAGGUGCACUGUGCCUGUUGUCAUUUACUGGGCUCUGUGUGGUUCCUGGUCAGAGAUGUCUUCCAGUACAUAUUGCCCCCCCAACUCCCUGACUCAAGCCUACUCCUCAAGCCUUCGCUUUCCAUCACUGAGAGCAUAAAGAACGAUCCCAGAGAGUCACCAUUCCCUCAACCAAUUCUGAUCUGACCCUUUAGAAACUACGAAAUCCCAGACAUCUCCCAGACAGCCCUACCAGUCACCACAAUGUGGACUUUCCUACCCUAUGCAGCCAUCACUGAUUGUAUAAGGACACCAUCUCAAGGGACCAACAUCCUCCUAGCAGUCCUGUUCUUGGGGAACACAGCUUCUAGAGUGGCCAGAGGGACCACCAGGCCAUGCAACCAGGGGUGGCCAAUAUACGCUCCCUGUGGUUUCAGCAGGGCCCUCUGAAGAGGAGUACCACCUGCUAGCAGGAUGAAGUUAGCCUCAGAGAUGACAAGGUUAUGCUCAUGAAUCACAAGGCCAUGGUAGGGAGAGGUUUCUUCCCAGACUUUUGACCUUCUUGUGCUAGGGUUUAAGGGAAGGGUUCCACUAAGAAGUGUCAGUUAAAGAAGCCUAAGGUGGGGUCUGUGUUCAGAGUUUGAAUCAGCUGGCUUUACCUAGGCCAGGUGGCCACGUGGCACCACAGCUGUAUAAGUCCCCUGGCUUGCUGUGGAGUACUGAGGAGCCCAGUGCCACUAGGGAGGCAAUGCUGAUCCAGGUGUUGGGAGACACCUAUAGAACUAGGAGUCACCCUGUGUGACUCUACGGGCAGUGAGAACUCAUUGUUCCAUCCUGGCAAUGAAGGGUAUUUGAGAAUUGCUAUUCGAGAAGGGUAUUGAGAAUUGGUUCCCCUAUUCCAUUCACCCUUCUCCUUUGUCUCCACAGCAUCUCCAGGGCUGGGAACAGCCAUGAUCACGCACCCAGGCACCGCCCCGUCUCUCGUCAUGCUGCUGCCCUUUCCCCAACCAACUCACGGCCCUGCACCCCAGCCACCCUGGGGGCAGCCCCAUCCACCCCUCCUGAAUGUGGCAUUCCCUCCAGGCAGCCGCCUCGUACUGCCUGCUGCCAUCCCCAGCAUGCCCGCGGUGGCUGGAGAUGGUGGCUGCGGCCCAAAUGGGGCUGGGAACGUCCACCUAUUACUCCAGUUGAGGACAGGAGGGCAGCCAGUGGAGCCCCUCCACUCUCAGACCUUGGUCUACAACCAAACCCGUUUCAGCCUGAAUGCCCCAGGGGGCCUCUGUGGGGCAGGGCAGAACCCUGCUCCCAUAGCAGUGCCUGGGUCUUCCCUGCAGGCAACAGUGCCUGCACCUACCAUGGCGGGAACCCACGCCAGUCAGGGGGGCUGGCUUCUGGGACACCCUCCUCCAGCUCCACCACCAGCUGCCCAGCUGGCCCCAAUGAUCUUCCCAGUUAACAACGGGCCACCACCACAAGGGGCAGACAGGGAGCACAUCCUGCCUACUCCCAAGGCCCAAGCCUCACCAGACAACCCAUGCAACUCUACCAGCGUCUACGAGAACUUCCGGCGCUGGCAGCACUUCAAGGCCCUGGCCCGGAGGCUCCUGCCCCAGAGCCCUGACACAGAAGCUCUGUCCUGCUUCCUCAUCCCCGUGCUGCGGACCCUGGCCCAGCGGAGGCCCACCAUGCCGCUGGAGGAGGGCCUGCGGUUUGCCUUGCGGGAAUGGCAGCACAAGAGCAACUUCGACCGCAUGAUCUUCUACGAGAUGGCAGAAAAGUUCAUGGAGUUUGAGGAAGAGGAGGAGAUUCAGAUGCAGAAGCUGGAGUGGAUGAAGGGGAAACCUUGCCAGCCCCCACUGGUCUCACCAGCACUGCUUCCUCAAGGGCCCCCAGCCCCUGUGGCUGUCCAGCAGCCAGGGUGUGCCCCCAGGAAGGCCAGCUCCAAGGCCCUGCCUGCCUGUCCAGUGCCACCCAGACACCAGGGGCCUCAGGACAAGACACCUAAGGAGAUCCCACCAGAGGCCGUGAAGGAGUACAUGGAAAUCAUGGACACGUUGCUGGGGCCAACACCCUUGUCCUUGGAGCCUCCCGAUGGCCACCCAGAAGAGGACAGAGAUGAAGGCUUCCUGGAGAAUGAGGGGUCAUACCCGGACCCGGAAAUGCUGUCCUACAUUGACCAUCUAUGCUCCCAGGUGGAUUUUGUCACCAAGGCGGAGGCCAUCAUUCACCCCAGAUUCCUGGAAGAACUGCUUUCCCCAGAUCCACAGCUGGACCUCACGGCCCUGUCCAAGGAGCUGGAGAAGGAGGAAGGGCUGACUGCUGGCCAGGUGAUGGAGAAGCACUUCUUCCCCUUGAAUGGGAAUGGGGUUAUGGAGGCAAGCCCCAGUUAUAGUACACUCCUGUUGAACCCCAGCAAUUCUGAAUCUGGGCCCCAACAAAAUGCAAAGAGUGACAACCAGGGCCCCCGCCUUGGGGCCAGAGCUGAGUGCUUCUCCCAGUCGAUGUCUUCCCAAGUCCUGCAGAGACAUGUUGUCCCAGACACCCCCCUGUGCAGGCCUGAGGUUAAUGCCAUCUUUAGUGGACAUCGGGAGUGUCCCUCACUGGGGGCCACCAAAGAUGCCAGGAGUUUCAAAGGAGGACCCUCUGUUGGGGGCCCGCACACAUCAUUGGACAUCUCCAGUGAGAACGAGGAGGAACUUCCCAGUCUCUCCUUCCUCCUGGCCUCCCAGCACCACCUGCUGCCCUUGGACUUUGCACAGAGCGAGGCCUCUGCUGAAGACCUGCCCUGCCCUGGAGCUGGGAAUCCUUGCAGAGCACCAAAACCCCUGUCUACCCACAGAACGGACCUUAGUGGUCCUCCCCAAUGUGCUGCGAUGUCCAUGAAGCGAGCUCUCCAGGGAAGCACAGCCCCUGCAAAGCAGCAGCUCUACCUGAGACCUGGCCUUGGGGCUUCUGCAGGGCAGGCCCAGACUCUGGGCUCUGUUGAACACUCCCAGGCUCAGAAGAGGAAAUGUGACCACUUUGACACCAGGAGGAAGAAGAAGCAUCAAUGAGGACAGUAGGUGGCACAAGGGCUCUGGGGAGAGGUCCCUCUAGGUGCAGCCUAAAGAACACAGACUCUAACUAUAUCCUGCACCUCAAAGCAUCAAACAGUGCCGAACCUGCUGGUCCUCGGCAUGGGAGGAAGAGGGUGGGAGCCCCAGGUGGAGGGACCCAGUGGUUGGGGUGGGGAAUCAUCACUUUGGGACACCAUUUAUUUGAAUAAAGUGAAGUACACUGGA